AUGGAGACCCCAAGAGCCCUUCCACACCAUUAUACAUGGAGACCCCAAGAGCCCUUCCACACCAUUAUACAUGGAGACCCCAAGAGCCCUUCCACACCAUUAUACAUGGAGACCCCAAGAGCCCUUCCACACCAUUAUACAUGGAGACGCCAAGAGCCCUUCCACACCAUUAUACAUGGAGACCCCAAGAGCCCUUCCACACCAUUAUACAUGGAGACCCCAAGAGCCCUCCCACACCAUUAUACAUGGAGACCCCAAGAGCCCUUCCACACCAUUAUACAUGGAGACGCUAAGAGCCCUUCCACACCAUUAUACAUGGAGAUGCCAAAAGCCCUUCCACACCAUUAUACAUGGAGACCCCAAGAGCCCUUCCACACCAUUAUACAUGGAGAUGCCAAAAGCCCUUCCACACCAUUAUACAUGGAGACCCCAAGAGCCCUCCCACACCAUUAUACAUGGAGACCCCAAGAGCCCUCCCACACCAUUAUACAUGGAGACCCCAAAAGCCCUUCCACACCAUUAUACAUGGAGACCCCAAGAGCCCUUCCACACCAUUAUACAUGGAGACCCCAAGAGCCCUUCCACACCAUUAUACAUGGAGACCCCAAGAGCCCUUCCACACCAUUAUACAUGGAGACCCCAAGAGCCCUUCCACACCAUUAUACAUGGAGACCCCAAGAGCCCUUCCACACCAUUAUACAUGGAGACGCCAAGAGCCCUUCCACACCAUUAUACAUGGAGACCCCAAGAGCCCUUCCACACCAUUAA